CCCGCCAUCUUUUUCUAAACUAACGUCAUAGUAUACUUUUAAUAAUUUCAGAGCUAUUUCAAAGAAUGGCUCUCUUUAAUUUUGUUACUGGACUACUAACAGGUAUUUACGCUGGUAUGUUUAUUGCCCAAAAUUACAAGGUGCCCCAAGUAAGUGAUCCUGCCACUAUGCUAGAGAAAGCUAAGAACUUUGCUGAAGAUUACAAGAAGAAGAAAGAUGAUUAAUUGAUAGAUAUAAAACAAAUUAGUUAAAUAUCCUUUGGAUAUUAGUUUUAGUGAUAUAUUCAGCUUAUUUAAUCUUCACACCUAGUGGUAGUACAUCAUAUUAACAAGACACUCAGAGAUUUAUAAAAGAAGUUAAAGGGACAGAUUGAGAAUAAUAAUAAGAAUGGUGAGAUACAAGCAUAGAUACUUUCUAGUGGAGGCAGAGAGAUCAAGGAGCGUAGAGAAUUUAACUAUUGACAUAAAUCCUCUGGAGGCAACAGAAGAUGAUAUUGCCAAGGAAAUCAAGAAUAUUGUUCAAGAUCUGCAUGGAGACUUUGGAAGAGCUUCAAUUAGUUCAGGAUUCAGGGUUAAAUAUUUGAAUAUAGCAACCCGUGUAUUCCUUAUCCGUUCUCGGCAUGGAGGUCCAGACAAGAUUAUAUCUUCUUCUCUUCCUUUCAUUCACAAUAUUAGGAAGGAGAAUGUUGUAUGUCGGCUGCUGUAUACCGGAGCUACUAUGCGUAAAUCCUUCAUCUACCUGGAGAAGCGGCAGAAGCGUCGGCUAGGGGAGCUGGUCAACCUUCUACGAAACAAGGGGAAGUACAACAAGGAGGAACUCGAGAAAUCUAUUCUGGAAGUUAGAAAAUUCGGGAAUAAAUAUUAGAAUUGUUUCUUGUAUCAAGAUUCAGGAUGGAUCAUUGACCAAAGGUCAACGGUAUUGGAUCAAUAAUUAAUGAUCAACGGUCAUAGAUCAAUGACCAAACAUUAACGGUCUUGGAUCAAUGAUUAAUAAUCAACGGUCAUAGGUCAAUGCCCAAAGAUCAACGGUCUGGUAUCAAUGACCAAAGAUCAACGGUCUGUGAUCAGUGACAAAAGAUCAACGGCCUGGGAUCAAAGACGUAUGAUCAACGGUCAUAGAUCAAUGACCUAAUAUCAACGGUCUUGAAUUAAUGACCAAAGAUCAACGGUCUUGGAUCAAUGAUUAAUGAUCAACGGUCAUAAAUCAAUGACCUAAUAUCAACGGUCUUGGAUCAAUGACCAAAGAUCAGCGGUAAUAGAUCCAUUGCCGAGGAUCAUGGUUAAUGGAUCAAUGACCAGGAUCUAGAUCUUUGAUCCAGGAUUCAUUCAAUAAUUUCAACAAUGAUAUCCAUGAUACUUGCAAAAGAAACUAACUUUUAUGAAAUAAUCUUUUGUUUUAAACAUUUUAGUUUUCAAAUCAGCUGUAAAACUAAUAUUGUUACUUAGAAGAUGUAUGUUAUAAUAUAAUUACACUCACUAAGAAGCUUUGACAAGUUAAUAAAACAUGGUUAUAAAGAUAUUCUGCUCAUUAUACAGUAUGUACCAACUGUACCAAUUUUCCAACUAGUUCUGCACUGAACACUGAACGUGUAUGCAAGCACGACAAACUGUACAACGUAUGAUAAACACUUUAGAAAACUAUGUUAAUAUCCCCAUAUUAUUUUUUCAGA